UCUGCUUUGGGAUAAUGGAAACAUUUGGACAGUAAUAGCAGGCGGCUAAUAAUAAAAAAAACAUAUUGGGAUUCUGGUUACAUCUGUAUGUGAAAAAUAGAUCAUGUCUGUCGUGUUUGCCUCUGCUCGCCCGAGAGGGAAAGGCGAGGUCACCCAGCAGACUAUUCAAAAGAUGUUAGAUGAAAAUCACCACCUUAUACAGUGUAUAAUGGAUUACCAGAGUAAAGGGAAAACAGCGGAAUGUACACAGUAUCAGCAAAUGCUGCACAGAAACCUAGUAUAUUUGGCUACAAUAGCAGACUCCAACCAGAAUAUGCAGUCUCUGCUACCAGCUCCACCAACUCAGAAUAUGAAUAUGGGUCCUGGUGGAAUAAAUCCAAGUGGUUCCAACCAGCCUCUCCAUCCACAGAACAGUCUUAAUGAUGCUAUGGGAACAAGCAUCCCUUCUUCCUCAGUAAUGCAAAGUCAGAUGUCUAAUGGCCCUAACCAUGUUUCAAUGCCACCUUCAGGUCAAACCACCAUGCCAACCACUUCAAUGACUAUGCCAGUAAGCAGCCAUGGUACUGCAGCUGGUUAUAGCCACUCUGUGUCUUCUUCUCAAGGCAUGCAGAUGCAAAGUCAAGGACAGUCCAUGGGUAGUUAUGGCUCUCGAACAAACAUGAAUAUGCAGUCCAGUCAAGUGUCCAUGAUGCAUCAACAAGCAGCACCAACACAUUACAAUGCUGCCCAAGGAGGGAAUCAGCAUUAUCAGGGGCAGUCUUCCAUGGCGAUGAUGGGGCAAGGCAGCCAAGGCAACAACAUGAUGGGGCAGAGACCUAUGGGAUCAUACAGGUCUACACAGCAAGGUUCUUCCCAGCAGUACCUGGGACAGGAGGAGUACUACGGUGAGCAGUACAGCCACGGACAAAGUUCGUCUGACGCUAUGACUCAGCAGUACUACCCAGAUGGUCAUGGAGACUACACUUACCAGCAGUCAUCGUACAGUGAGCAGGGCUAUGACCGGACAUUUGACGAACCAUCUCAGCAUUACUAUGAAGCAGGAAAUCCUCAGUACAGCCAACAACAGGCAGGCUACCAGCAGGGAGCAGCACAACAGCAGCCCUAUUCACAGCAGCAAUAUCCAAAUCAGCAGAGCUACUCAGGGCAGCAGCAAGCAUAUGUUCCAGCACAAGGUGCUUCUUCUCAAUAUCCAGCCUACCAGCAGGGACAGGGGCAGCAAUAUGGUGGCUACCGUGCAUCCCAGUCAGGACCUACAGCUCAGCAACAGAGGCCUUAUGGAUAUGAGCAGGGUCAGUAUGGAAACUACCAGCAGUAAGGAUCUACAGGGUGUACCUGGUGCAUUCAUUUGUAAAAUAUCUACAGCUUCACUGGUUCUAAUAUUUUAAUAAAUGGACAUUUUUUAACCAUGGUCUUUUCAAAGCAUAUGGCCCAGAACUGUCAUCUGCAGAAUAUUGGAAUAUGUUUCAUUUCAUGCUGGAUGUUAUUACUGAUGACAAGCCACUGGAUUGAUAGUUUUAUAUAUUCGGUGCUGUGUAUAGUAUUGUAAGUUGAAACUAAACUUUUUUUUAAUUGUUGAUGUUUGUAAAUAAUUGCUAUGCCUCAUUUGUUGGAAUGUCACAUGCAAUUUGUAGCACAUACUACUUUAAUUUUAAUUCUUUUUAGGAAUUAGUCCUAAUCACUGGCUUACUCUGGCAGUUCAUAGCCAGAGGUACUAGGGUCUUGCAGAAGCCAAGCUUGUUUAUGAGAGCUACUGUGGACAUAAGCUGCAUUCAUACACAUUAGUUUGAGUAGGCACUGAUAGUACAUGGCUUUAGUGUACAUUAAACAUUGCCAAAUUCAUUUUCCCAACUUACUGAUCAUUAGUGAGAACGUGUACUGGGUGUGGGCAGAAGACUCUAAUUCUGUCAGUUAAAAUGUUUAAAUCCAAGCAUUACUUCUGUUAUCUACUGUUUUUGAAAGGCAUUUCUAUGUUUCUCCCUGUCAGUGUGGGACAGUGGUGGGAAAGCUUUUUUUAUCUGUUACGUAAUUUCUUUUUACCCACUUAAAUUAUGCAUUAAUUUAACAAUGAGUGAUCCCAUACUGAAAAUGAGGGAUGAUUUUUCAAGUAUAGAAAAGUGUCAUUCCUAGUUUGUGUCAGUUCUCAACAGUACAACAAGAAGUGUUGCCACACAGGAUUAACUUUCAUGAAGCUGAUUACUUUUCCAUCCAUUAGGUCAGCUUCCAAAAAUGUUACUCUGCAUUUCUCAACAAUUAGGGCUGCUUUUAGAUGUUAGUAUUUAUGCAUUUCUGUUGAUUAGAUAAAUUAUUUAAACUGCCACCUCAUGGGGCCAUCUUGUUUAAGGCUUUCAAAUUGUUUGUUUUUCUUUUCAGAACGUCAUUUCCUGUUUGGACAUUCCCCAAGUUUUCCCUUCCUCUCCCAGUACUUUUACUAUGUUUUAAAAGUAUAAUGGAUAUUGAUCAGCUGUAUCCGUCGUAAUUCCAGAUAAGACAGAAUGGAUUCAGAACCAAGCCCAGUCCAUGCUUUUGCAUUUAGAUUUUGUAGAAUUAUAAGUAUUCUAAGUGCCUUUGUCCUGAGUGUCCCAGAGGAGUCCCAAAAUGGAAAAUCAUGGUUUGGUGAAAUCGGGAUAGAGGUGGUCUUUUUCUAUUGCUUUAGAUACAGAUUUCAUAAUGAAGGUGUCACACUUGUGAUUUGGGCUUGUAACUGUCAAAAUUACCCACUGGACUUCUUGGGCAAUGGCUUAGUUAUACAUCACUUCUAAAAGUAGGAAUUAAAAAGCAAAACCUGAUUGUCUAAACUUUAUUUGUUUAUGUUGAUCUUGUUGGUCCCACAGAGUCAAAGGUCCAUUCCCAGGGAAGAUAAGAGGAGCAGGCCUCCAGAAAAAAAAAAAAAAAAAACAUUAUGGACCAGAU